AUGCUACAAUCAUCUUUACUGAUUCAUUCACAUAAAUACUUCUUGUUAGUCUUCCUAUUCUUCUUGUGGAUCCAGGCCAUAGAAUGCCACUCAAACCUUACUACUUCAACUAUUACGAUCAACGAACAAGUGAAGCACCCACCUGUGGAAAUUACCCGUGAUCAUUCUAUUAUUCGAACAUCCGAUUUCUGGCAUAUUCAUCCUUUUUCAUCAUCACUGUCCCCCACUGAGAAGUUCACCACUCCGUCCAUGAAGAAUCCCACCCCCACUUUUGAUCAACCCACAUCAAAAUAUGCAACAUCGGAAACAUCCCCAAGUGAUCAGAAUGUCCAAGACAGACCCAAGGGUAACCUUACCAAAAUUCCAUCAACAUCCUCACUGGAAACAUUGCCGGUGUCAACCAUAGCCUCCUCUAUCUUGACAACAAUUCAAUGGAUUGAACAGUUAAACAAGACUAUAGAGUCAAUUUCGCAGAGACCUAACUUGAAAAUUUCUUAUCCAAGCAGAGAUUCAAAGAGUUUAUCAUUUUCCCAUUCAACUCUUGUUUCAAAUUUGGUAAACACUACCCAAAAGCCGACCCACAAUGUAAGCAACAUGCAAACCUCUCACCCUGCCACCACAACAGGGAAGUGGCCACAUGUUGAAAAUUCUACAAAAAACAGUAAACUGAGCCUAAAACCAGAAGUCACUGUGACAGAAAGUGUUAACACAUCUGGCAUAGCCAAGAUUAUUACGGCUGCAACUGAGACGCAACCAUCUCAAACAAAGCAACACUUGUCAUCUUCAAGAACAACGACGGACACAACAAUGGCUUUGAAUAUUACACAAACUCAUAACAGCAGCAACGGCCAGGUUGUGAUUACAUCACAUAAUGUGUCACAGAUUAGUGUCACAAACCCAAACCCUGGUAGUAUUCUGGACUCUUUUACCACCGGUGGAACGCCAUCCACUGGUGCAGAGAGGCAUGUGAUUGCAAAUAGUAGUCGAACUUUGUCCACACUGACCACUCUGUCGAGUGACAGUGCCAAUGCAAGCUCAAAUUAUACAAAUGCCUCAAUUUCCGGCAACCACUCAGCAGACACGUUUCUCACUACACCACAGAUCAUUGGAAUUUCAUUUGGUGCAGCAGUUGUUAUUUUGGGUAUAAGUAUUCCGCUGAUCUGCUGGAUGCAUAAGAAAUAUAUUAAUCGGGUAUCAAAGCAUUAUAAAGAAUAUUGGGAUGAUAAUGUCAACCUGAGUUAUAUAAAUGGGCAUCUUGAUGCUCCAAGGGAACAGAACGAUGAUGUAAUUUCAUUGGACAAUGACUCGUUUCUAAACAGUUUGGACAGUGCAUCUUUUACUAAUCUCUGGCCAUCAUCUGAUAAUUCUCGGCGGACCAAUUUGUGA